AUGGCUGUGAAUGCAAGUGUAGUACAUUUUGCCAUUGUUACAAGCUCUCUGAUCAGUUUGUUAUCAUUGCCAGGAGGUUUUCCUUAUAUCAGUGCUGUUGAGAAUGAUGUCUACUGCCUGAAAUCAAUUAAGGAUAGCCUACAACAUCCUUAUAAUUACUUGUCAUUGACUUGGAACUUCGACAAUGCUACUGAAGGAGGAUUCAUCUGUGACUUUACUGGCAUUGAUUGCUGGCAUGCCAAUGAGAACAAGGUGUUAAAUAUUAGGCUGAGCGAUAUGGGACAGAAGGGCCAGUUUCCUGGAGGACUGGAAAACUGCACUAGUUUGGUGGAUCUGGACCUUUCUAACAAUCAGCUCUCGGGCCCCAUCCCAUCUGAUAUUGGCCAAGUUCUCAAGUUCAUCACAACUCUUGAUCUUUCAAAUAAUCAGUUCUCUGGCUUAAUCCCAUCAUCGAUUGCAAGUUGCAAAUACAUUUCUGUCUUAAAACUAGAUGACAACAGUCUACGGGGUCCAAUUCCACAAGAACUAGGCAUGUUGAAACGCAUCACGAUUUUCACAGUGGCCAAUAACAUGUUAACAGGGCCGGUGCCGAAUUUCAUCAAAGCAACUCCUCCUGAAGUGAGGUAUGAAAAUAAUCUGGGACUUUGUGGGGCAGCCUUGGAAGUCUGCAAGGACGAUUCAGAUUCCGGUUUGAGCAAUCGAGUUCUAUUCUUAAGUGGAUUCAUGGCUGGUUGGGCCAUCACAAUGAGUCUGGUUCUCUUUAUAUGUUUAUCUGGUAUGCCAGUGCUGAGUUUGAAGAAGCUGAUUACUAAGAUGAAAGAGAAGAUAAACGCCCUUGCUGAUGUACAGAGCCUAGGGCCAAAAGCAUUGGAAAUAGAUUACAAUAACAAGGUUGUUACUUUGACUUCUCAUGAAUUAGAUACCUAG